AUGAUCUUCGUGAUUACGGUACUGGCGUUGUUAUGCCAUGCCGGGGCACAAAACAUAUCGAUGAGUAGCCUGGAUAACGUCCCAAUACUAGCUUUUCAUAGAGGGGAAGCAAGAAUAACUAAUGGAAAUAAUUACUAUAUUCACCGUUUCAAUAUUUCCGACAUAAGACAGGAUAUUAAAAUACUUUCAAGGGCAUUUAGCCUUUUAGAACGUAACCAGCUCUCAACGAUUAUAGAAGAGGAAUUUUCAUACGCAUUCGAAAUGUUAAAAAUUACUACACCAAUUCGUAGAAGCAAAAGAUGGGACACAAUAGGCACGGUCUGGAAGUUCAUCGCAGGAAAUCCAGACGCAAACGAUUUAAAACUAAUAAAUACAACCAUGGAUGAUCUAAUUAAAAAUAAUAAUAUUCAAGUUAGGUUUAACAAAGAUCUUACGUUGCAAUUAACAGAAAUGUUACUCCGUGUCAAAGAUGCACUACAAUUAUAUAAAGAUUCGUCAGCAGACUUCCAUUCAUUGUAUAUCUUAAUGAACCUCAAAUAUCUUACUGAAAAAUUAGGACUAAUUACAGAUAGUAUCACAUUAGCCAAAGUUGGAAUUACUAAUCCACGUAUACUCAAUAGUCAAGAAACAGAUUUGAUGAUGAUUGACAUUAGAAAACAAAACAUAACAGUGCAUACAAUAUCCGAGGCUUUGGCAUAUACAAACACGAAAAUAGCUACAAAUAACAAUGAACUACUGUUUAUAAUAAGUUGUCCUAGACUAAGAAAAAACAUACUAAACAAAAUCCAAGUUUACGGCAUAAAUAACAUAGGAAAACAGAUCCACGUUCCUCAUCCCUAUUACCUUUCCCAUAAAUCGCAAAUGUUUAUCGUCGCAUCACUCGAUAAGGAAUUCUAUAAUACGGAAGAUCUACAAGAAGACAACACGACAUGCAUACCAGCAAUUAUAAAAGGACAACCAGCAUCUUGCGAUUUUAUAUCGAACCCAUCAACACAAGAAGUUAUAACUUUAGAUAGAAGUCACUUACUUAUCAGUUCAUCCGUUUGGUUUAUAUUUGAUACGACGUGUGGCAUACGAGAACGAAACCUUACUGGUUCAUUUAUCGUUGCAUAUGAAGAUUGCAAUAUUUUCUUCAAUAACAAAACUAUUUCAAGCAACACGAUUAGUUUUCCGGGAUCACCGAUCAAUCUUCCUAUCUAUGAAUUAAGAUCGGAGAUGAAACAAAUCCAUUUAGAAUCACACAGUAUCACAUGGAAAACGUGGUCAAUAUCUAGCCUGGUAAGCACUCCGUUUAUAAUAUUGAUUGCUGUCGGUGGAUACAUUGUGUUAAAAAUAUGUAAGAAAAGGACAGACAUCAACAUUAAUACACAACCGGCAUCACAUACAACGGCAAUCUACAAACCGCCAACUAUGAAAGAAUGCCUUCGUACGGAGCCUCAGAUUUAG